CCCUACCCUACUAUAUAUGGAUUCUAUUUAGUCUUACGUCAUUCAGUAUAGAGCUUUGUUCUCAUGUACGUCACAGAGAAAAAAUAAUGUUGGCAUUUUCGGACAAGUAAUGAAAAAGGAAAGUCGGUUAUUUAAAGCGAGGAGCUGUAAGUUCAGAUCACUUUGCAUUGAAGUUAAAGAUCAAAUAAGAGAAUACUUUGAUUUCUUAGAAUGAGAAUUUCAACUGCAUUAGUAACUUUGGUGGCAUUUGUCUGCACUGCCAAUGCUUUGCUGUGUUGGGAAUGUGAAAAUGCGCGAAGCAACCGAGGUUGCCGUUUGAACGGAAGACUGAGAAGAUGUCAACGAAACCAGAGGGCUUGUCAGACUGAAAUACGAAGAGACCCGCAAGGAAUUCGUAUCUCGAAGAGAUGUAAGCAAGCCCGUGCGUGCGACAACAACUUUAUCCAGAAUCCACGAUCUUCUUGGUUUCCAAGCCAAUGCAGUAACCAGCACGGCUCAGUUUGUAGAUGCUGUUGCGACUUUGAUAACUGCAAUACACCCACCGUUGCAUGCGGCACCCGGCCAGAGCCAACAUGCGACAGACCGCAAAGUAUUGUGAAUGGUGACGUGACAUGCUUCGGGAAUGCAGCACUACCGGUUGGGGAACAAUGUGUUUUCGGAUGUUCGACAGGUUAUACUAUGGUUGGAGAUGCUACGAUAACAUGUAGAUUAUCCACUCCAACAACAGCAGCAUUUGACCGACCUCCUCCCACAUGUACUCUGACAUUGAGUGACGAUAAUUUUUGCCUGCCUGAGAUGUCUGCCCCUGCGUUUGGCGCAAUGAAUUGCUCCGAGACCAACCAACUAGGAAGCAUGUGUACGUUUACAUGUGAGAGCGGUUAUUAUGUAGCUGGGUCGCCUUCGGUUACAUGCGGUGAGAAUGAGUUAUGGUCUUCGCCACCCCCAAGUUGCCAGCGAGUUAAAUGUCUUCCUCAAAUCAUUGGACUUACAAAUGGACAAACGUCUUGUACAGACAGUAAUUUCGACAGGAGCGAAUGCAGUUUCAUUUGUGACCCUGGGUUUGUGCUUGAUGGUUCCCCAGAAUCUGUUUGUGCUGAUGACAACGAUGGAGACGAUACGGGAGAAUGGACACAACCAAUACCGCAAUGCCAACCUUUCGUUUCUUCGAUCCGGUGCAACCCGGUGCACGUUUCGCCGGAGAAUGGCGCUGUUGGUUGCAGUGACUCCAACAUGGCGGGGAGUGUUUGUACUUUCGAAUGCGACAGUGGCUAUGCAAUGGAAGGCUCUGACACAUCAACAUGUCAAGAUGACGGAGAUGGAGACACAGAGGGACUAUGGAGCUCUCCGGCACCAGUUUGUACACGAGUCACUUGCUUGCCGCAACACAUCAAUCCAGUGAACGGUGUAGUUCAAUGUAAUGACUUAAACAACAUAGGAAGCACGUGCACGUUUUCAUGCAGUCCCGGUUACGAAUUGAACGGAACCGCCAACUCUGACUGCAUUGGUGGUGGAAAUAACGGGGUUAUCGGUGUUUGGACUUCACCAGCUCCAACUUGCCAAGAACGUGGGCAAUGUCGCGAUGUCCAAACUCUUCAAAAUGGAAACGUUACUUGCACGAAUGGGAACUUCGUCAACUCUCAAUGUACAUACGAGUGCAAUGAAGCCGAACUUUACGAACUCUAUCCAGCAAACAACACCCUUACCACGUGCAUGUCAAGUUUAGCGUGGGAUGUUGAGCCACCUUGCUGUUCGAAGGAAUGUCCACCGUUCGCUGCUAUGGACCUAGUCCUAAUCUUGGAUUCGUCGUCUUCGGUGACAAUGCCGAAUUGGAGAGUCAUGAAAAACUUCGUGAGAUCAAUCAUCACCACAUUCAAUUUUGGGGAGGAUUCGGCAAGAAUGGCUGUAUUCAGAUAUAACAGGGGGAUUGAUCGAAGAAACCAAGUUUUGUUAAGAGAUCACAUUAACAACAGGGCAGCCUUUUUAGAAGCGUUUGACAGGAUACCCUACAAUGGAUUUGGAACCAGAACUGGACAGGCUUUGCGGUAUGCUCAAAAUGUCAUUCUGGCGCAACGCUGGGGGAACAGACCGAACGUUAAGGAUGUUUUAUUAACGAUCACCGACGGGAGAUCUCAGGACGAUGUUGCGACAGUUUCAACGGAACUCAGAGCCAUGGGAGUUGCGACGUUCGUAAUUGGAAUCGCACCUGAGAAUGGAGCAGGACUUGAUAACGAGCAGUUGUUAGCAAUGGGUGGAAGCCCCGAGAACACAAUGUUAACGACAAGCGGCUUCUCAGGACUCGACACGACUUUCCUGAACCGAUUAAGUGAUCUUAUCUGCACUAACCGAUGUGGAUAAGAAUUUCACAGGUUGCUCUACAACUAUAGUUCUGGUUAUAGAAAUGGAAAAUAAAUAUACGACCAAAUCCUUUACAGAUAAAAGCCUUUAUAAAACACCAUUUCUUCCACAUUUUAAUAUAAUAAAAUGCAAUAUUACAUCAACUAUCGUGCUCAAUCUGGCUGUCUAUAUAAUUUAUAUCUAAGUACGAACAAGAGAGCAGAGGUCUAAUAAAUGGUACUGUUUCCAUUUUAAUAUGACUUAUAAAGAUAAUGUGGAAAUACACAUAGUACAAAUUCGGUCCCUGCCGUGUUGUAUUGUAUGUAUAAUUUUUCGUAACUUCCGGUGGCGUCCACUACGAUUUCCACGAGUGGUGGGACCGCCAUAGAAAUCACUCCGACUGUCAUUGCUCGAAGUUCCAACGAGGUCGCAAGAUUUUCACUGCCGUAUAACUCGGCAAUCAGUGUAGUAGAUAGCGCACCGGUCAAUUUUGUUUACGUAACAAUGAGUUGGACUAGUCGGUUUUUCUAUCGCUCUGAAAGUUGCCUAUACCCAAGCCCCAUGGCCUACUAAAGAUAUCUUGAGUAGGCCAUACAAGCCCAUUAGAAAACACCUCUGUGUGUUUGCAGCUUAUACAAGACCUACUUAAUAACGUAACGUUUUGCCGGUCACUUGCAAUACAUCUCUUGCAUAUUGAUUAAAAUUAUAGAUGCU